AUCACGUCGACUAUUCACUCUUCCUCCCCACGAAAUAUUUCCCUCCAACGGAUUUCAACCGUUCAGUCGACGUCAAGCCGCUCGAUCGUGCGGCCGCGAUUUACGGGAUUCGUCUGUGCUUAUUGAACCGAGAUUUAAUUAAACAAUUAACGCGGAAAAAAAUUAUUCCUUCUAAAUAAGUUCAGUGUUUCGAUCAUUGCGAGUAGAAAAUUGAAGAAAAAUCGGCAAUUCAAUAGUUUUUUUUUCAAAUUUGGAAGUUUAUUUAGCGAUCGAACACCUGCGCAUAUGGUUCAAGUGACUUUUGCAGUAUUUCUGGAAUAAUUAGAGCUCAAUGUACAGUGAAAAAUAAUUGAUCGAGGAAAAAUGAGAUAUUUCGAGGUAUCGGUUGUGUUUUUCCUUUUUGGAAGUGCCUUGGGGGCUCCUGUGGGCCAAGAUGAGGGAUUUAGAUUGAGGAUCGUGCAUACCAAUGACAUGCACGCCAGAUUCGAGGAGACAUCGGCGCUGUCUACCAAGUGCCUCGAUAAGGACGAAAAGGCGGGAAAGUGUUACGGCGGCUUCGCCAGGCUGGCAACCUUGAUAAGACAAGCGAGAGCAUCGAGUGUUCCCACUCUCUUUCUCAAUGCUGGAGAUACUUAUCAAGGAACCACAUGGUUCACCGUUCACAAAUGGAAAAUUGUCGCCAAGUUUUUGAAUCUGUUGGCACCCGAUGCUAUCUCCCUCGGGAAUCACGAGUUCGAUAAUGGUCCAGACGGUCUCGUCCCCUUUAUCAACGCCACCAACUUUCCAGUCCUCGCGGCAAACCUCGACCUCUCCCUGGAGCCGGAGCUCGCCUCCUCGAGACUCCAGAACUCCGUAAUCCUGAACGUCUCAGGCCACAAGAUCGGAGUGAUCGGUUACCUUACCCCGGAGACAAAAUCUAUAUCUCAAACGGGUAAAGUCAAGUUUUUGGACGAAAUUCCCUCCAUCAGGAAAGAGGUGCAUCGUCUCCAGGAGCAAGGUGUGAAGAUCCUGAUAGCGCUCGGUCACUCCGGCUUCUCCAUGGACAAGAGAAUAGCAGCUGAGGUCGAGGGGAUUGACCUCGUCAUCGGGGGUCACACCAACACCUUCCUCUACACAGGAAGCAAGCCCGAUCUCGAGACCCCGGAGGGCCUCUACCCGACGGAAGUAGUCCAGAAAUCCGGGAGGAAGGUCUACGUCGUCCAGGCGUAUGCCUACACCAAAUACCUGGGGAACCUCACCCUCGACUUCGAUUCCCAAGGGGAAGUUGUCGGCAUUCUCGGGGAUCCUGUGGUGGUCGAUGCGAGGAUUGAGCAGGCGAAGGAUGUCCUGGAGGAACUCGAGCGAUGGCGGCCUGCGAUACAGGCCCUGCAGAAUCAGGCCGUAGGGUCUGCCAAGGUUCUGCUCGAUGGAGACACCAAGAGCUGCAGGAGGAAGGAGUGUAACUUUGGGAAUUUGGUUGCUGAUGCCAUGGUGGAAUAUAAUGCAAUGGAGUACGCGGGGGGCAAGGGUUGGACCGACGCGGCCAUCGCCAUUCACAAUAGUGGAUCUCUUCGUGCGUCAAUUGAUCGGGAACCCGAUGAUAAUAUCGCAAUGAGCGAUAUUCUCGCAGCUCUGCCGUUCAAUAGUGGAUUAGGAAAAAUUAAAAUCACUGGGCGACAACUGAGAAAAGUCUUAGAGUGGAGUGUACACAAUUUGAAUUAUAAUUACACUGCCGAUCUGAGAGGAGCAUUCCUGCAUUUUUCUGGACUCCAGGUGGAUUACGAUUUAUCUCGCCCCAAUGGCGCUCGAGUGGUGGCUGUUCAUACGAGAUGCAGUUCAUGUAGAAUUCCGAGCUUUAAUCCUCUCAAUGAUGAUGAAACUUACGUCAUUCUUGCCACAGACUUCUUGCACGCCGGUGGGGAUGACUACAAAAUGCUGAUGGAUCUGGAGUGGACGGCCUCAGGUGUCACGACAGAUCAAGUGGUUGCCACCUACAUAAAGCGUCACAGUCCAGUGUACCCGGGGGUAGAGUGGCGGAUAAACUACGUAUCUACCGACGAAAAACCAGAGGCUCCAGCAGUUGAUGAAGAACAUAACGAGGCUGGAGCCGCCAAUGACUUCAGAUCCGUCGCGUCCAUGAUGCUGAUACCAACAGUUGCCUUAAUCCUAGGGCGAUGAUGAUUCUUGGACAGUGAAAAUCACCUGCGAGGGCUCAAAACUGAUUUGUAAUUCGGUCUUAAUUAAUUCAUAAAUUAAUGCGAAUGAAUUAAUUUAAUUCGUCGAUCAAUUCUAUUCGGUUGAUCCAGUUGAUUUUUUUUCUAAUUUUAUUUCUGACUCAAUUUAAUCUAUUCAGUCACAUGAUGUAAUUGAAUUUUCUAAAGUGAAGUGUACAUCUGGAUGAUUUAUCGCGAGACAAACAGGAAGUGUCUCCUCUGAAUGAUAAACAAAAUUGGAGGAAAUUUUAUUUAUGUAUUUAUAUCACUUCCUUCCUCAUGACGAGCCCAAAAUUUUUCACUAUCUCAAGUAAGAUGGAUGUAGGGUGAAUAGGCCAAUAGCUGAACGAUUUCACCCUUUAUUGAAUAUUCUACAAAUAAUGGAAUGAAAACCGCAUGGAUUAUCAUCAUUAUCAAUAAUGACACUUAUGUAUAAUCAUGUGAUGAAGUUUUUUUUCGAAAUAUCAACAUUACAGCGAGAAAAGAAAUAAAAUAUUCAGGAGGUACAGUGCUGGGUUGCGUGGCGCUGCAAUUUCCUAAGCAUCAGUGACAAUGUGUCGUGGAGGAAAAAAAGAAGUUCUCUUCCGAAAGAGUCAGAUGUGGAAAAUAGCACAAUAUUUUCAGGAGGAGAAUCACAUCCCGAAAAUUUAAAAUCUAUUUGGCCUUGUAUUUCUUCACAUUCAAUAAAAAAAAAUUCACACGUU